GAUAGUUUCAAGUUGGCUUCCGUGGCCUCAACAGGCCUCAAGCCCAAUUUGCCCUUGUGUGUGCUUCAAUAUUCGCGCAUGUGCAUGAGGUUUCCCAUGCCGGUUUCACUCUACAUAUAUUUCAGUGCUGAGGCCUUGUACAUAACUUCUAAUUUUGAGAUUAAAUUUGUGGUUUUGUCGUCAAAAAAAAAAACAAUAUACAUACAUCAUGGCAUCUUUAUACAAAACUAUUUAUCCUGUUAAGUAUCUACGAGACUACCUGUCCGAAAAUAUUAGACCUGACGGUCGUGAGUUCUUGUCAUUCCGUCCAGUCAGUGUCAAUGUAUCAUCAGUAACACAAGCUGACAGCUCUGCGAUAUUUAAACUUGGCAAUACUACAGUGGUAUGUGGGAUAAAAGCGGAAUUAUGUUGUCCAAAAUCUGAUGCACCAGAUUGCGGAUCCUUUAUUCCCAAUGUUGGAUUAACAGCACUUUGUUCAUCAAAAUAUCGACCAGGACCACCAAGUGAUCAAGCACAAGCCAUGAGCAAAAUGAUUGAUGAUAUACUAACUAAUUCUGGGAUUGUCGAUCUCAAAGAUUUGUGCAUAUCUAAAGAUAAACUAUCCUGGGCACUUUAUUGUGAUUUGGAAUGUAUUGAUGCUGAUGGGUCUGUUUUCGAUGCAUGCGUUGGAGCACUUAUGGCAGCUUUAUCUACACUGACUCUGCCAGAAAUUGUUUUUAAUCCCGAUUCUAAAACAACCCUUGUACAUCCAACGAAUAGAAUUUCACUUCCAAUAAGAGGAAUUCUGGGUUCAGCAACUUUUGCCAUAUUCAAUGAUAAUCUUUUAAUUGCCGAUCCAUCUGACGAAGAAGAAACUCUUGCUCUAGCCAGGUUUAGCAUUGUCAUGAGUGAAAACGAACUUUGUUGUGUACAUAAACCAGGUGGCGUAACUAUUGCACCAGAUGUUCUUCAAAAGACAUUGAUAAAAGCUCGGAACCGGAUUGAUAAAAUAAGAACAUUAAUAAAAACGGCGAUAUCAAAAACAUAAUUCAUUUAUAUGAAAAAAAAUAAAGUAACUUCAGCUUUAUUUUCAUUACAGUUGACGGUUUUUUUUAAACACUAAUUAAAAGUACAAAUUAUAACAUUAAACAUUCGAUGAUCAUAAUUUGACAAGAUGAGUUUGAUUAUUUGUUGACAUGAAUAACGAAGGAAAUAAUUAAAUCAAUAAAGACAAAAUUUAUUUGCUCAAAUCAAUA